GUGCAGCUUGCUGAGAAAAAGGGAUCAGACAAGAAUCUCCAAUUUAUUCCUUGCUGAGAGUUCCAUCUGGUAAAAGUCAUGUCAUCCAUUUUGCCAUUUACUCCACCAGUUGUGAAAAGACUUCUGGGGUGGAAAAAAUCUGCUGGUAGCUCUGGAGGGGCUGGUGGUGGUGAGCAGAAUGGUCAGGAGGAAAAGUGGUGUGAAAAAGCAGUGAAAAGCUUGGUCAAGAAGCUCAAGAAAACAGGACAGCUGGAUGAGCUGGAGAAGGCCAUUACCACCCAGAACUGCAAUACAAAUUGUGUGACAAUACCAAGCACUUGCUCUGAAAUUUGGGGACUGAGUACACCAAACACGAUAGAUCAGUGGGAUACAGCAGGCCUUUACAGCUUCUGUGAACAAACCAGAUCCCUCGAUGGCCGUCUGCAGGUAUCUCAUCGUAAAGGAUUACCGCAUGUUAUUUACUGUCGUUUGUGGCGCUGGCCAGAUCUUCACAGCCACCAUGAACUUAAAGCAAUUGAAAACUGUGAAUAUGCUUUUAAUCUUAAAAAGGAUGAAGUAUGUGUAAACCCUUAUCACUACCAGAGAGUGGAGACACCAGUCUUGCCUCCUGUACUAGUGCCGCGGCACACUGAGAUUCUAACAGAACUUCCACCUCUGGAUGACUACACCCAUUCCAUUCCUGAAAACACUAACUUUCCGGCUGGAAUUGAACCACAGAGCAAUUACAUACCAGAAACACCACCUCCAGGAUAUAUCAGUGAAGAUGGAGAAACAAGUGACCAACAGUUGAACCAAAGCAUGGAUACAGGAUCUCCAGCAGAGCUGUCUCCUAAUAAUCUCUCCCCAGUUAAUCAUAGCCUGGACUUGCAGCCAGUUACUUACUCAGAGCCUGCAUUCUGGUGUUCAAUAGCAUAUUAUGAAUUGAAUCAAAGAGUGGGAGAAACCUUUCAUGCAUCACAGCCUUCCCUGACUGUAGAUGGCUUUACAGAUCCAUCAAAUUCAGAGCGGUUUUGUCUAGGUCUGCUUUCCAAUGUGAACAGAAAUGCUACGGUGGAAAUGACAAGGCGACAUAUAGGAAGGGGAGUGCGUCUCUAUUAUAUUGGUGGAGAAGUUUUUGCUGAGUGCCUAAGUGAUAGCGCGAUUUUUGUUCAGAGCCCCAACUGUAAUCAAAGAUACGGCUGGCAUCCUGCAACUGUGUGCAAAAUUCCUCCAGGAUGCAAUCUAAAAAUCUUUAACAACCAGGAAUUUGCUGCUCUUCUGGCUCAAUCUGUGAAUCAGGGUUUUGAAGCAGUUUAUCAACUUACUAGGAUGUGUACCAUAAGAAUGAGUUUUGUUAAAGGAUGGGGAGCUGAAUACCGGCGGCAAACAGUAACAAGCACUCCCUGCUGGAUUGAACUUCAUCUGAAUGGACCUCUGCAAUGGUUGGACAAAGUACUGACUCAGAUGGGCUCCCCUUCAGUACGCUGCUCCAGCAUGUCGUAAACCUCCUUCCUCCAUUACCAGUGGGAUAAAUACCCAGUCCAAUUACUAGACUUAAUAUAAUAGCUAUCAUAGUAUUUGUGUGUGAUCCCCAUGAACUGUUUGCUAUCAAAAAAAGGUUUUGUUGUUUUUUUUUGGGGGGGAGUUGCCUUUUUUUUUUAAAGGCACUUGAGGUCUCAUCAAUUAAAGCACCUUGUAGAUUUUGUUUCCUGUACUCUGAUACUACAUGAAAAUUUAGUGUAUAGAAAUGCCUUCUUCAGAAAGAAGGGUCAGUUCUAAAGACUGGUGUUUUUAUUGGGUAUAUAAUUGAGUGUCCUAAUAGUUUAUCAAUAACAUGAACAGCUAAGUAUAUGUGCAGGUAAUGAUCUUGAAUAUCACAGUAUUUUGCUGGAAUACAUUUUAGUUCCCAUAAAUAGUUAUUUGGGUUUUGAUUGGGGCAAAAAUUCCAAGAUUCCUUUAUUCUUUUAUAUUUUUUUAAUAUAAUCAGGUUUUCAAGUUGUCCUAAACAUAAAAAGCAGACUUGUAGAAAAGCUUAACUUUUUGCUGCCUUCUUAAAGAAAAUACCUCCAUUGGAAGGGAAAAAAAUGUCUGAAGAUUCAUCUGUGAAAUCUUAAGCCACUUUAUAUACUUAAUGGGGCCUAAAAUGAAUUCAUAUUGUAAAUUCUGAGUAUCCAUCACAUUAGGAGUCUACUUUUCCCUACCCAUCUCAGUUGAUGCAUCUGUUGCCAGCAGCGUUGCUGGUACUGAUGUAAUUCGGGACUUUUGUACCUUGAAUCAUUGAAAUCAGCUUUUUUUUCUUAUGGAAUGAGAAUUUACUAUAGCAUUGGAUACCAGAUUAAGUAUGCAAGGGUGUUGGUUUACCCUUAAAUCUGUAUCUUUUUUUAUUAAACAUAUAUCACUAAAAAUAAUGGGGUUUAGUGUUUGGAGCCAAAUACCUUGAAACAUCCUUUCCUAGUGUAAACUAGACUCUUUUGUAUAGGAUUUAAAUAGAUGCAGCUUCUUAACAUAUUUCAGUAACAGAAUUUAAAUUUCUGAUCAGAGUAGCUUUAUAUAGCUUGCUUACAUACCAGAUCAUAUGCAUUCAUUAUGUCAUAAUGGGCCUUGUUAUUAAAAGUAGUUGCUUCUGCAAAACCUGUAGGAUAGUGGUUGCUGAUCAGCAAAGGAAGACUUCUAGGUUCUUUGUGACAGCGCAUGUUAUUGUGAACACUUUGGACACUACAGCUGCACUAUAUUAAAAAUAUUAUGAAAUAUGUUCAAAUAAGUCUGGGUUGGGGAACGGUUGGGAAACUCCAUAGAAGAGUUAUUCUGACCUGAAAAAUAUACAUUUUACAUCUAGGUGUCUGUUGUACUUUUUUUAUUGUGGCAGUAGCAGGAUUGCCUUUGUUUUCCCCAUUGCUGCAUCCAUUGCACCAACACUGUACUUUGCAAGUACAGCUAGUAAUAUCUUAGCUUUGAGAACAAAAAUGUGGCCAGUGUUACAGAUUCUAGUCAGUGGACCAAACUGAUGAUAGUGGUGGACAUUUUUAUGCGAUAAUGACUGGGGCAUAGAAGCAAUACCAAAAAUUAAGCCUUGAAAAAGUGAGCCAGACACCUUUUAAAAAAUUGACAAAGCAGUUACCAUUUUGUGCUUAAUUUUACCAGUAGACUAUUUCAUUGGUAGAACUUGUGAACCUAAGAAAUAAGCUUCAUGUCUGUUGCAUUUGCCUAAUGUGAAUACACUAAUAAAGGUUUUAAUUCUCA